AUGUCGACCUCUACAGUUAUUCGACCUGUGGCUCGCAGCCUGCUACAACUACGAAAGGCAGCAAAUAUUCCGCCAGCGUUCCUCCUUCCCUGCCUACAAAGCUCCUCCACAACAUCAUCAUGCACUCAGUCCACCUCCUUCUCUACCAGCAGCACAUACUUAUAUCCCCGGGAUAUGAACCGUCUGCGCGGAGUAUCUACACAAAGGCGAACGGGGCCCCGUCAACCCCUCUCAGUAUCCAAUGCGAAACUACCCCAGCCAGUCCUAGAUGAAUCGAAACGAUUAAAAGUCAAGGUUGAUGAGAAUCACGGAUUAUAUGAAUUUUUCAGACAUAAGGAUAAGGCACUUAGCACGCCAGCUGAGGAGGGAAGUCAUGGUAGACCAUGGAGCGCGGAAGAGUUGAGGGGGAAAAGUUGGGAAGAUUUACAUUCACUUUGGUGGAUUUGCUGUAAGGAGAGGAAUCGCAUUGCUACUGAAAGUUACGAGAGACAGAGAUUGGAGGCGGGUUACGGUGAUGAGGAUGCGGAGAAGAGGGAUAUGACUGUUCGGAGAACACAGAGAGCUAUCAAACAAGUUUUGACUGAAAGAUAUUAUUCGUGGCAAGAAGCGGAGGUUAUUGCGAAGGAUGAUCCAGAAAUUGACUUUUCGGGCGAAGGACCAUUAUACACCCCCAGAGAUUUUGAGGAAGAUGUGGAGGAGGAUGUAUUAGCUGAAGCCGAAGGAGACGCAGAGCCAAAACCUACACAGGUUACGGCUUAA